AAGAAAGAAACCGUCCAGUAUUGUCCUUGUAUUGCAAAGCACGAGGGAUAGGUCUGAAGGAUAUUGUUAUCUUUAAGUUGCAGGAGCGUUGGAGGCUGAACCUGGUACAGUACUCGCAUGUGAUACAGAUGCAGAAAGAUUAUAAGGCUGCUAUACAGAUAUUGUAAGUGAACACUAAUACUAUCCGGGUAUCUCACCAGGAUAGCAUGCCUAACACUUCCCAAAAAUGAAAAGUUCACACAACAGAAGAACCGAUUUAAAAAGCGCAUACACUCCUUAUCUGCCUUUCUUUUAUGGACCGACGCGUUACAGCUAUUCUGUUAUCCUUGAUUUCUCUGCGGUUUCAAUGCAGAGGGGAAAACUUUAUUGAAACUGACUGUUUGUCUAAGAUCAGAAGUCUAUAUUUAACAUCCAUUCCGAGGAAGAUAACAGCAAAUGGAAGAGAUGGAGCUCUUCUGUUUUCCUAUCUCUAUUACUUUUCUCCUGUUUGUUGUCACGUCGGAAAGUCCUCCACUGUUCCAUCAUGCAACGGGGCUAAGUCGCAUUAACCAAAGAGAAAGAGAGGAGCCACCCGGCGGCGACUAUAGACUUCGCAGCUGGUUGUGAAGCAGAGAUUCUACACGUCCUAUAGCUCCUACCCCUUAUAGCAGGCGGAACGGAGCACAGACUAAACAAGAAGGAAAAUGGCGACCCUCGUGUUGGAUAACGGCGCCUACAAUGCCAAGAUCGGGUACAGUCACGCUCAUGUCAGUGUUAUUCCCAACUGUCAGUUUAGAUCAAAGACUGCUCGUUUGAAGACAUUUACAGCUAACCAGCUCGAUGAAAUUAAAGAUCCAUCUGGACUUUUUUAUAUACUUCCUUUCCAGAAGGGCUACUUGGUAAAUUGGGAUGUUCAGAGACAAGUCUGGGACUAUCUUUUUGGAAAAGAAAUGUAUCAGGUAGACUUUGUAGAUACCAAUAUCAUAAUAACGGAACCUUAUUUCAACUUCAGUUCAAUACAAGAGUCCAUGAAUGAAAUAUUAUUUGAAGAAUACCAGUUCCAAGCAGUUCUCAGAGUAAAUGCUGGGGCUCUCAGUGCCCAUAGAUACUUCCGAGAUAACCCUUCAGAACUGUGUUGCAUUAUUGUAGACAGUGGAUAUUCUUUUACACAUAUUGUGCCUUACUGCAGAAGUAAAAAGAAGAAGGAGGCAAUUAUAAGGAUUAACGUGGGAGGAAAACUCUUAACCAAUCAUCUAAAGGAGAUAAUCUCUUACAGGCAACUCCAUGUUAUGGAUGAAACCCAUGUGAUUAAUCAAGUGAAAGAAGAUGUAUGCUGUGUUUCCCAAGACUUUUUCAAGGAUAUGGAGGCUGCCAAAUUGAAAGGGGAAGAAAAUACUGUAAUGUUGGACUAUGUUUUACCAGAUUUCAGCACAAUCAAAAAAGGGUUUUGUAAGCCAAGGGAAGAAAUGGUGUUAAGUGGAAAAUACAAAACUGGUGAACAAAUACUUCGUCUUACAAAUGAGCGAUUUGCUGUUCCAGAGAUACUUUUCCAUCCUUCAGAUAUUGGCAUUCAAGAAAUGGGUAUUCCUGAAGCCAUUGUUUAUUCUAUUCAGAACUUGCCAGAAGAAAUGCAGCCUCAUUUCUUCAAGAAUAUUGUUUUGACUGGUGGAAACACACUCUUCCCUGGCUUCAGGGAUCGCGUUUACUCUGAGGUUCGUUGCCUCACUCCAACAGAUUAUGAUGUUUCUGUUGUUCUGCCAGAGAACCCUAUUACUUAUUCCUGGGAAGGUGGAAAGCUGAUUUCUGAAAAUGAUGAUUUUGAAGAUAUGGUAGUAACAAGAGAAGACUAUGAAGAAAAUGGGCAUAGUAUAUGUGAAGAGAAAUUUGAUAUUUAAAUCGUUCACAAUAUAUGGCAGUAUAUUGUAUAUAUUUAUCAUUGACCUGGCAAGUUUUCUUAAGUUGGAGCCAUUUUUUAGAAAUGAAAGUGUACUUUCAAUUAAUACAUAUGCAGUACUUGACUCUUUUUAUAUAAGAA